AUGAAUCAAAUGCAGGUCCAGGAUCAAAGGAACAAAAGCUCAAAGAUCAAGGAUCAAAUGCUGGGUUUGGAUCCGGCUCUGACAUCGUCCCACUCGAGAUCAGCCAAAGCCUUCUUGUGUGGACUCAGUCUGCCCAUCGUGGCCCUCCCGUGGCUCUUUCUCGUCAUCACCACAGUCAUCGUCCCUCACAGUGUGCCCUGUAACAUCAUUGGUGUCCUGAUUGGCUGGAUGUUUGGGAGAGGAUGGUUCCUCCUGGACACGUCCGAGGCUGAGGCAUGUCUUCUGGAGAAGACAAUGCCUUUCAGGGUGUUGAGGAGAAUCGGUGGCGUUCUGUUUGUACCUGCUUCCGUAGAAGAGCGGAGGAAAACUCUCCUUCCACUCAUCAACCCGACCCCUGGAUCCUACCCGGUCCAAGCGUACGCCCCAGUGUCCAGCAUGAACAGAAGCGAUGCCACAGGCGAGACUUACGAAGGCUGGCCAAAUCCGACUGCCGGCGCACCUCUCCCUCCUCACAGCCACGACUCAGUGCCCUGCUGUGAGCCAAGCCACAGUCCUGGUCCACAGCAGAGUGUGGGGCAAUGCUGCAACCACGACAGCCGGUAGUUUUUGUCAUUAAUCUGAGUCAUUCCGAUGUUGUAGAAAUUGCCGAAUCGGUGUCGUUUUUACCAGCGUGUGUCUGUGGACAAGA